AUAAAUGUGUUUUCUGUAAUGUCGGCUACAGAUUCGAUACGUUGUCGUGUCUCUAGGCACAGCCUAUUUAUUCGUUAUUGUUUUGUUUAUGUUUGGGAUUCUUUGGUUAUGUGGCUUAAAUUAAAUCCCAUUUCGUGUUUUUUUCUAUAUUGUGUGCUAAAAUAUGGAGCAACUACCUGAAAGUAUAAACUUUAAGACCCUAUUUAGUUAUGACACAGUUUAUAGUGCAGAUUCAGUAGAAUGGUGUCCUCACCAGCCUUACAAGAACUUUUUUGUUUGUGGAACCUACCAGCUUACAGAAAAACAAGAUGAACAAAGCAAUAGGCGCUUGGGUCGAAUCAUGUUAUUUUCCAUUGGAAAAAAUGAACUGAAACUACAUCACUCUUUGGAUACUGCUGCAGUCUUAGAUCAAAAGUGGUGUCCCAAUUUAAUAAAUGGACUCCCUAUAUUGGGAGUCGUGAACGCCGAAAGAUCUAUAGAAAUUUAUAAGUUUGAAAACAAACAUUUACAUCUUUAUGCUAGAUACAGUUUUGCAGAUAAUGGAAGUGAGACUUUAAUUCUAUCGUUGGACUGGUCUAGUGGCAAAUAUGAAUGUCAAGAACCCCAACUAGUUUGUAGUGAUUCUAAGGGCAAUGUACAUUUGCUGACCCUUACUUUAAGUGGUGAGUUAAAUUUAGUACGAUCAUUUCAUAGCCAUGAAUAUGAGGCCUGGAUAGUAGGAUUUUAUUAUUGGGAUAUAAAUGUUAUCUUUAGCGGCGGAGAUGAUUCUUUAUUAUUAAAACAUGACAUGAGGUGUGAAACUCCAGAUGUCAAAAUUCGGCAUCAUCAAGCAGGCGUCACAUCUUUCCAUUCUAAUAAAUCCAAGGAGUUUGUUGUAGCAUCCGGAAGUUAUGACGAGCACGUGCACAUCUGGGAUAUAAGAAACCUGAAGAAAGCCAUGUCUACAAUAAAAAUGCCCGGACCUCUGUGGAGACUUAAAUGGGAUCCAUUUUGUCAGCGUUUUCUGCUGGCAGCUUGUAUGCUAGGAGGCGUUCAUUAUGUUGAUGUGAACUCUAAUGGAAAAUUUGUAGGCAGUUAUUACGAGCACAAGAACAUUUCUUAUGGGGCUGACUGGUGCUUUUUAGAUUCAACGGAGGUAAAAGAAAUUGACUCCAGCGCAAAUGUUAUUAUUGGAAGUUGUUCAUUUUAUGACCAUUUGUUGUGUGUUUCUAAGACGAAAUGUGAAUUUUGAUUUUAAUUUGUUUGUCGGCUUAGUCAUAUAUUUAAUAAAAUAUGGAGAUGAGGCAAUAUUA